GGAAGCGUUGCCGUCGGACUCCGGGGAGUAUUACUGCCCGAUUCUAUCCACACCGGCUCCAACGGCACCGUCUACCUAUGUACGCCUACGCCUACAUACGCCUUUCGCUAUGCGCUAACGUCAUAUUUACCGUCGGGUCUCACCUACACUGGCUCCAACCCCGUCUGCGGGGCGGCGAUGAAAAGGGAGCAGCAGCGCCAGUAGCAUCGUGGCUUUUCAACCAAUCUAAACACCAAUCAAACACGAAUCAAAUACCAAUAUCGACAUGUCCUUCCCAUUCACCAAGAUCCUCGUCCUCGGCGCGACUAGCGGCAUCGGCCUCGGCCUGUGCGAGAAGUUCCUCGCGGAGGGCAAGAGCUUGAUCAUUGUCGGCAGGCGCGGCAAGAAUCUCGAGGAGUUCGAGUCCAAGCACGCCGCCGAAAAAGACCGCAUCGCGUCGUACGUCUUUGACGUCACGAAACUCCACAAGAUCAACGACUGGGUUGCGAAAGUAACCCGGGAACACCCCGACCUCGACGCGGUCCUGAUCAACUCCGGCAUCCAGCGGGGCUUCGACUUCUCGAAGCCCGAUACCGUGGACCUCGCCAUGUUCGACACAGAGCUGGUGACGAACUACACGGCGCCGAUCUACCUGACGAAGGCGUUCACGCCGUUCCUGAAGGCGCAGGAUAAGCCGACGGCGCUAAUGUACACCACCUCCGGCCUCGCGCUUGCCCCGCUCGGCCGCUGCCCGGGAUACUGUGCGUCGAAGGCGGCUCUGCACAGCUUCUGCAUCACGCUGAGAUCGCACUUGAAGGAUACUGGUGUGAGGGUCAUCGAGAUCUUGCCGCCUGCAGUGCAGACGGAAUUGCAUGAUGAGGCGGUGCAGCCAGACAUCAAAGACGGCCGAAACUUCGGAAUGCCGCUGGCGGAAUUCGUGGAAGAGACGUGGGGCGCGCUGAACAAGGGGAACGACUAUGAUGAGUAUCCCAUUGGGACCUCGGCCUUUUUUUACAGCUCGGUGGAGCUGCCAAGGAAGGAUAUGAUGAAGCAUCUGCCGCAAACUCCCGCGCAGGUUUAAGGGCGCACGUGAGUGGUGGAAGGAAGUCAGGAGGAUCUGGGCCGAGCAAUUGUCUUGCAUGCUGUGCAGUGGAUCUCCUGUCCGGUCGAUGUUUCGGUUUUCUUUUUGGUGCUGUCCAGGCUGUCAUCGAGUGACUGUAUGUGAUAAACCUUGUGGACCCGACGUUGCGUCACGAAAUACCUACCCAAAGUAUCAUUCCACGUCUCGCGUUCCACACAAUCAUUGUACAAC